GGCGGCGGCGCCAGCAAAAGCGGGCUAUAAAAGAUGCAUCGACUGUGAGACUAAGCCCAGUCUCCGAAGGAAGCGGGGUGAACAAAGGAAAUAUGUGAAAAUGACAAGUAGAAGACUUGAGGAAUCGAUGGGAGCUGUGCAGAGGGGGCUGGCCAAAGUGAUCACAGGAUUGCAGAGCAAAGUCUUGCCUCCCAUGAGCCCAAAGGUGGUCACAGAGGAAGAAGUGAACCGGAUGAUGACACCCUCAGAGUUCCUGAAGGAGAUGUCCCUCACCACAGAGCAGAAACUGGCAAGUACACGGAUUAUAUGCCGGCCACAGAUCAUCGAACUCUUAGAUAUGGGAGAAACAACACAUCAAAAGUAUUCUGGAGUUAACUUGGAUCAGGCCUUAUUCCAGCCCUUUCCAUCAGAAAUCAUAUUCCAGAACUAUUCUCCCUGUGAAGUCUAUGAAGUCCCAUUGGUGUUGAGAAACAACGACAAAAUCCCAAGGAUGGUAAAAGUUGUUGAAGAAAGUUCACCUUACUUUAAAAUCAUCAGCCCCAAAGACAUCGGCCACAAGGUAGCCCCAGGAGUGCCGUCUAUAUUCCGAAUUCUCUUCACUCCAGAGGAGAACAAGGAUUAUGCCCACAUGUUGACCUGUAUUACUGAAAGAGAGAAGUUUAUCGUACCUGUCAAAGCUAGAGGUGCUCGAGCCAUCCUGGACUUUCCUGACGAGCUGAAUUUUUCCACUUCUCCUGUGAAAUACAGCACCCAGAAGGUUCUGCUGGUCCGAAACAUUGGCAACAAAGACUCCGUGUUCCACCUCAAAACUCGCAGGCCUUUCUCUAUAGAGCCAACGGACGGGAUUCUUAACGUGGGGGAGUCCAUGCAGCUGGAAGUGAACUUUGAGCCGCAGAGCGUAGGCAAUCACAAGGGAAAACUGAUCGUGACUUAUGACACCGGUGAAAUGGUAUUUGUAGGUCUCUAUGGAGCUGCCAUAGAUGUGAAUAUAAGACUGGACAAGAAUUCCGUGAUCAUGGAGAAGACCUACAUAUCUCUGGCCAACCAACGGACGAUAACCAUUCAUAAUCGCUCUAAUAUCAUUGCCCAUUUCCAGUGGAAGAUACUUGCUACCCAAGAAGAGGAGGACAAAGAAAAAUACAGGGUCUGUGAUGAUCUGAGCAAAGAGGAAAAGCUUGAAACCGACUUGUUUCUUGAAGAGUGCGUCUUGGAUCCUUUGCUCCGAGAACGCCUUUCAAUUCUCUCCCGCACCUUUGAGAACCAGAGGAAGCUGGUUCUAGGAGACAGCAUGCUCUUUCUGAAUCACAUUUUCACCCUCGAGCCCCUGGAAGGCGAUGUCUGGCCUAACUCAUCAGCUGAAAUCACCGUGUACUUCAACCCCCUAGAGGCCAGGCUCUACCAGCAGACCGUUUACUGUGACAUUUCAGGCCGAGAGAUCCGCUUGCCCCUCCGAAUCAGAGGAGAAGGGAUGGGGCCCAAGAUUCACUUCAACUUCGAAUCGCUGGACAUCGGCAAAGUUUUCAUUGGAUCUGCUCACUGUUAUGAGGCAAUCCUCUCCAACAAAGGCAGCAUCGAUGCCCUGUUCAAUGUGAUCCCUCCCACUUCAGCCUUGGGGGCCUGCUUUGUUUUCAAUCCCAAAGAAGGCAUCAUUGAGCCGAGUGGGGUCCAAGCUGUCCAGAUCUCCUUCAGUUCUGCCAUCCUGGGGCACUUCGAAGAGGAGUUCCUAAUCGAUGUUAAUGGGUCCCCUGAGCCCGUGAAACUGACCAUUCGAGGCUGUGUCAUUGGACCUACAUUCCAUUUUAACAUCCCUGCUUUGCACUUUGGUGAUGUUUCCUAUGGAUUUCCCCAUACUUUGAUGUGUUCCCUCAACAAUACGUCUUUGGUCCCCAUGACCUUCAAAUUACGUGUCCGUGGGGAUGGCGAUGGCCAGCAAAGCAUCCCAAGUUACUCUCAGGAGUCGGACACUAAAAGACGGUCUUGGAUCAAUACAGAAAUAUCCGCAACUAAACCAAAAGAAUUCACCAUCACUCCCAGUAGCGGCACCAUACGUGCCCAGGGGUUCGCUGCCAUCAAGGUGACCUUGUGCUCCAACACUGUGCAGAAAUACGAGCUGGCGCUGGUGGUAGAUGUGGAGGGUAUUGGAGAAGAAGUGCUGGCACUCUUGAUUACAGCCAGGUGUGUUGUGCCCACCCUCCAAUUGGUUACCACAGAGGUGGACUUUGGACGCUGCUUCCUGAAGUACCCCUAUGAGAAGACCAUCCAGCUUGUCAAUCCUGAUGACCUUCCCGGGUGCUAUAAGGUCCUGCCCCAGCUGUAUGAGAAUCCACCGGCUGUACUGCUUUCCAGCCCCGCCCCCUGUGGGGUCAUCUCCCCCCACAGCACUGUGAACAUACCACUAUCGUUGGAGACCCAGGUCACCGGUGAACACAGAUCCACAGUUUACAUCUCUAUCUUUGGGAGCCAAGACACCCCUCUGGCAUGUCAUAUACAGAGUAUUGGAGAAGGCCCGGUUAUCUUCAUACAUCCCACGCAAGUUGAUUUUGGCAAUAUCUACGUCCUGAAGGAUACUUCAAGAAUUCUCCAGCUAUCUAACCAGUCCUUUAUCCCUGCGUUAUUUCGGGCGCGCAUGGCAAAGAAGAAAUCCCUUUGGACGGUCAAACCCAGUAAGGGCAUGGUUCCUGCAGAAGAUGACUUCCCACUGACCCUGACUGCCAACCUGGAUGACAUAGUGACAUUCAAAGACACAGUCAUCCUGGAGGUGGAGCACAGCAACACCUACCGGAUCCCUAUCCAGGCCACAGGGAUUGGUUCCACCAUCGUGUCCGACAAGCCCUUUGCUCCAGAACUCAACCUGGGAGCACAUUUCAGCCUGGACACCCACUACUACCGCUUCAAGCUGACUAACAAAGGACGACGGGUCCAGCAACUGUUCUGGAUGAACGAUGAUUUCCACCCCGAGGAAAAGCAAAGUAAGAAGGAGCCGAUGAAAAAGGGACCUAUUGGUAGCUGUUGCCAGUUCCAGGUCUCCCAGGAACCCACAGAUACAGGGAACCCCGUGUUUCAACUUCACCCCGUCAGGAUGGAGCUGUACCCAGGCCAGACAAUUAAUGUGAUCCUUGAAGGCUAUUCUGCCAUUCCCAGGAGAGUCAAAGAAAAGCUGGUGUGCCAUGCCAUCGUCGGAGCCCAGAAGGGAAAAAGCUUGCUGAUGUCCGUGAACAUCAUCUGUGAAUUUAUAGCACCUCUCAUCCACCUCUCCACCAGGCAGCUCAUCUAUCGACUGGAAAAGAAGCCCAACACCAUUCUGGAACCUGAUUACCAGUCCUUGACUAUAAAGAACAUCACUACCUUGCCUGUAAACAUGCUGCUUACAACAACUGGACCCUUCUUCAUGUGUGAGACUGAUAAAUCCCUGCUGCCCGCAACUCCUAAGCCUAUAAAACUGGAGGUCAAUGAGGAGAAAAGCCUGCUGGUCAAGUUUGACCCCUCCUACAGAAAUGACCUGAACAACUGGGUGGCAGAGGAGAUGCUGUCUAUUAAGUAUGUAGAGCACCCCCAGGUGGACAACCUGUGCUUGCGCGGAGAAGUGCAUUACCCCAACCUCAGCUUCGAGAUGAUGGAGGUGGAUUUCGGCUGCAUCCUGAAUGAUACCGAGGUCAUUCGCUACAUCAACAUCACCAACUGCAGCCCCCUGGUUGUCAAGUUCCAUUGGUUCUUCCUGGUGGACGAUGAUGGAAGUCAGAUAAGGUUUGCACCCUGUAUCAAGCCCUACAGCGCUUUGAUGUCCCAGAUGGAGUCCAUCCCAGCAACCUCCAUUACUGCCAGCUCACCAGCAGCCCCAGUGAUGGUAGAGUCCACUGAGGUGGACUUCAGUGAUUCUAUUAAGACUAUCCUUAUGGAUGAUGAAGUUGGACCUGAAGAAAGAGGAAUCAAAAAGCCCACAGCAUCCACCAUGAUCUCUGAAGCAAUAAAAUACAGUUCCGCAGGAACAGAAAGAAGCCAGAGCCAGGUGGACUACCCAGAAUCCCUGUGGAUCUUCGAACAGGAGGAAAUGCUUUCCAUUGGAAUAGAAGAAGUGUUUGACAUCCUGCCCCUCUAUGGAGUUCUGCGGCCAUACAGUAGCCAUCAGAUAUCAUUUACCUUCUACGGACACUGUGACAUCAUUGCGCGGGCCAAAGCUCUUUGUGAAGUGGAUGGAGGGCCCACCUAUGAGAUAAUCCUGAAGGGAGAGGCUUCCCUGGUCAGCUACUCCUUUGACACUAAGGACAUUAACUAUGGAUUACAGCUGUUUGACCAUGUCACGGAACGAGAAAUCACACUGAAAAACAUUGGGAAAGUUGGCUUUGAGUUCAAGGUUCUGAACAGUAACCGGUCUUCGCCAAAGAACCUGCUCCCUGGAGUACCACUUAUCCUGCCUCUGUCGGGUUUUAUCCACUCAAACAAGGAGCAAGUGUUGAAAGUUUACUACUUGCCUGGAAUACCUGAAGUCUUUCAGAGAAGCUUCCAGAUACAGAUUGCCCACCUGGACCCAGAAAAUAUCACUCUGUACGGAGAGGGCAUCUUUCCCCGGAUCAGCCUUGAUCUGCCCAGGAACCUCCGAGGCAAUGAAAAGUACGAAUACUUCUUGGAGCAAGCAAAGAAAAACAUGGAGAAAGAGUACAAUAAAUAUGAUUCUCUCAAUCACUAUGAGAUGAUAACUGAUGAAAUCCCUGAGGAGGAGACCUCAGAGAUAAGUGCUCAUCUCCAGAUGGAAGUAGAGAGGCUUAUCGUCCAAGACUAUGCCCUGGAACACCAGAAGGCAAUCUCCUCCAGUACCACGGAUGACACCUACUUUAGCCUUCGGAGUCGCCGCAAAAUAGCCAAAGUCCAGCUACCAGAGUACAUCCUGGACUUUGGCUACAUUGUGCUUGGUGAUGUCCGAACCCACAUCAUCAAGAUCACCAACACCAGUCACUUUCCAGUGUCCUUCCAUGCAGAGAAGCAUGUCCUUCAUGACACAGGCUUCAGCACUGAGCUAGACCGUGUAAAGAAUCUGCCCUACUGUGAGACAGAAACAUUUGAAGUGAGAUGCGACCCACAAGGAGCUAAUCUUUCUGUGGGGAAUAAAGAAGUCAUUCUUCCCAUCAAGGUGUAUGGAGGGCCAACUAUUCACCUGUGCCUCCAAGCCACUGUGACCAUUCCAAGUAUGACCCUGUCUUGCCACAAAGUAGAAUUUUCUACAAUUCAAUGUGGACAGUGUAUGGUGGAAACCAUUCAGCUAUCCAACACUCUCCAAGUUCCCUGUGAAUGGUUUGUCCACAUCCCACAGCCUACUAACAAGAUGGAUAAGCACAUACCAAAGUAUUUAAGACGGAAACUACGAGCGGAGAUGAUUCCAAAGUCUCGUAUCUUCGAGAUCCAACCCACUUCUGGAGUCUUGGAUCCUGGUGAGAGGGCCAAUGUGCAAGUGAAAUUCAUGCCCAAAGAAGAGAAGUUGUACAGCCAACCGCUGCUGUUCCAUAUUGGCCAGAGCAGUCAGAGGCUCGUGCUCCUGGCACAGGGCCGAGGCCUGGAGCCACGCCUGGAAUUCAGCCCUUCCGUUCUGGAGCUGGGGCCCCUCCUGCCUUAUGCUUCAGGGGAUGAGGCUGAGGUGACUGUGAGGAACCCCUGCAACUUCCCCAUUGAGUUUUACUCCCUAGAAUUUGACCAGCAGUAUCUCUUAGAAGAGAAGAUCUUGCGACAGCUGAAGGGCUAUGAUUCCUACAACACCCUGCUGCUGCCCCCCCGGAACCCAGGGGAAAAGCUUCCCCAGGAGAUCUACGAUUACUUCAGGGAAGUGAAGAAAUCAAAAGAAGAGCAGAUGAAGGCGAAAUAUCUGGAGAAUCUUCCACAGGAGAACGAUGAGGAUGAGAUGCCAUCAGACCAGGGAACCUCCGCCAGCACAAAGAGGACAUCACUUAGCCGAGGGAUCUCUGCCACAUCCAACAUGGAAGAACGACAUAUUGUGGGUGAAUCCAAGAGCUUCCCAGAUGAGGACGAGGAUGAAGAAAGCCUGGAAAAACUAACCUUCCAAACUGACAAGAUCCAGAGCACAGACAGCCACUCUGCAGAGGAGGUUGGAGAGGUGGAAAGCAACCCAGUAAGCAAGGCAAUUGCACGCCACCUAGGCAUUGACAUUUCUGCAGAAGGCCGCCUGGCCAAGAACCGGAAGGGCAUCGCCAUUAUCAUCCAUGGGACACCCUUGUCAGGAAAGACAGCCAACGCCAUCAGCAUGGCCCGGUACUACAAUGCAGCCUGCUUGAACAUCGAUUCCAUUGUCCUGGAAGCCAUGUCAGACAGUAACAACAUCUCAGGGAUUCGGGCCCGGGAGCUGUGCAUCAGAGCAGCCAUAGAGCAGUCUAUGAGGGAAGCAGAGGAGUCAGCUCAGGAGUCUUCAGUGCUCCAAAAUAUGACAGGACCAGCACGACUAAGUACUGAGAACCUGGGCAAGUUUACCUCAGAACUCACUCUAGGGUCCCAGGAAUUCAAACCUCCAAAGAGUGUUCGAGGGAGCAUGAUGGUUCCCAAAGGCAAGGCGGAUAGCCACUGGUCUGGGUCUCAGAAGCAGCAUCAUCUGCACCAAGCCGAAACACCACAGGUUCCCUCUAGCCCUCUCCUCAUGGGGCCCACUCAGCGCCGGCUCAGUGUCAGCGCCAGUAUCGGAGGUGAGACCGGGCUGAUGAGCUGUGUGCUCCCAGAGGAUCUUCUCGUUCAGAUCCUGGCUGAGCGGAUACAGCUGAGUGACUGCUUCAGAGGCGUGGUGUUCGACAGCCUGGACACGCUCUUUGCUCGGAAUGCACCCUCCGCCCUCCUCUGCCUGCUAAAGGCCAUCGGCAGCCGGGAGCACAUAUAUGUCCUCAACAUGGCUCAGGACUAUGUGGCCAUGAAAGCCCAGGAGAAGGCCAAAAAGGAGCUAGAAGAGCGCAAACACAAGGAGGCUGCUGAGAAGGAGAAGGAGCGUCUCCGCACAUUAGAUGAGGAAGAAUAUGAUGCCCUAACACCAGAAGAGAAAAUCAUGUUUGACCGUGAGGUUCGGCAGGCGCUCCGGGAGAGAAAGAAGAAGGAGCUGGAAAGGCUGGCCAAGGAGAUGCAUGAGAAGAAGCUGCAGCAGGAGCUGGAGCGGCAGAAGGAAGAGGAUGAGCUGAGACGAAGGUUCAAAAAGCCUAAACAGGCCCCCGUGAAGGAGGAGCCACCCCUAAAGAAGUCACAAGCAGCCCCAAACAAGCCGGUUUUCACUGCUGCCAAGUUUGAAAUGAAGAUGGAAGCAAUAGAAAGGAAAAUUUCUGUCAGAGAGCAGCCAGCAAUUGAAGAGUCCUCCAGGAGAAAGAAACACACAACUGACUAUGCAUUUGGAUUUCCUAUUACCCAGGAACAAGAGGACAGUGAGAAAGACUUCCUGAAGGAGAGUGACAAGACGCUGGCACAAAAGUUUAAAGUCUACGACCUGUGUCUGAAGGAUGUCCAAACCAUCCUCACGUACUGGGACCGCAAGCAAGGGCUCCAGCUGCCUCACGCAGGCAUGGAAGAGGUGCCCCAUGAGCCUGAUGACCAGCGCCAGGCUCCAUCAGGUGGUGGUGGGCGCCGGGGCCGCAAGGACCGGGAAAGGGAGCGCUUGGAAAAGGAAAGGGCGGAGAAGGAGCGCCUGGAGAGGGAGAAGGCAGAGAGGGAGCGCCUGGAGAAGCUGCGGGCAUUGGAGGAACGAAGUGACGAAGUGGAAGGGGAAGUGGAAGAGGAACACGAGGGGAAGAAGGACCUGGGGGUGCCCUUUAUCAGCAUCCACACUCCCGACUUCGAAGGCAUAAGCUGGAAGCAAGCCCUGGAGAGUGACAAGCUUCCCAAAGGAGAUCAGAUCCUGGACAUCCUCGGCCUGGGGUCCUCUGGACCACCCAUUCCAGCUCCUGCCUUGUUCUCCAUCCUCUCUUACCCAGCGAAGAGGCAGUCUUUGGUGGCCACUGAGGUCCUGAAGCACUUUGUGUUUGUGAUCCCACCAAAUGAUGACCCCACCCUGCUGGACGAGAAAAAAGAAUUGGAAGGGGACUCCGACCUCUUCCUCAACGCCAUGGUAGCCAAGGCCCAAGAGGAACAGACCUCUUUGACUAAGGGGAACAAGCAGAAACUGAAAGAAAAACCAGAACAACCUCAGAAGGAAACGCAGAAGGAAAAACGUCGACCAAACUAUAACAGGAAAGGCCUCUCCACGGGAACAUCAGGGACCAUUGCCCCAAUGUCUGACAUAGACCAGAACAGCUUUGAUGGGGAACACUCUCAGGAGAAGUUCACCAGGCUAAAUCACUUCCGGUGGAUUGUGCCUCCCAAUGGAGAGGUGGCCUUGAGGGUGCACUUCUCCUCUGUUGAUCUUGGCAACUAUGACCAAACAUUUAAUUUCGAGAUCCUUGGGACCCGCCGCCAGUAUCAGCUCUACUGCCGUGGAGUCUGCACCUACCCGUACAUCUGCAAAGACCCAAGGGUUGUAUUCCCUCAGAGGAAGAAAGACAUGAAGUUAAAUGAAGUCAUCUUUAAGAAGUACAUAAUGAGUCUGGAGAAAUUUUACUUCGGGCCACUGCUUUGUGGAAAGUCAAGAGACAAGUAUAAGUCAUCCUUGUUCCCUGGCAACAUGGAGACCCUGACAAUCCUCAAUGAUUCUCCAAUGGUGGUAGAGGCAUACUUCUGUUUUCAGAAUGAUGUGAAAGCAAGCACCUACUUUCUAGAGCCUGUCAACAUGAUUCUGAAACCCAAUGAAAAGCAGACACUAAAUGUAUGGGCCUACCCUACUGCAAUCGGUGUCUUUGAAGACAGCAUUGUCUGCUGCAUCAAGGAGAACCCAGAGCCAGCUGUCUUUAAGUUACACUGUCAAGGAAUUCGUCCAGAAAUUGAGGUGGAGCCCAGGCAAAUACAUUUUGACCGGCUCUUGCUUCACAGAAGAGAAUCUAAGACAGUAGUUCUCCGCAAUGUCACACCCCUAACUGUGGCCUGGCGGAUCACCAGCAUGGAGCACCUAGGUGACGAUUUCACUGUGUCCGUGAUGCAGGGCAGCAUCCCACCCAAGGGAGAGUUUGGGGUGCAAGUGCACUUCCAGCCCACCAAACCUGUCAACAUCAAGAAGGCCAUUCGGAUUGAGGUUUUGGAUGCAGACAAUCUUGUUGGUGUUGUUCAGAUCGAAAACAUCUUGGUCUUUGCAGAAUCCUAUGAUAUUGCUUUAGACAUCACCUUCCCCAAAGGAGCUGAAGGAGGUCUGGAUUUUGGGACUAUGAGGGUCAUGGAGGAGGCCAAGCAGCCCCUUCAACUGAAGAACCGUGGGAAAUAUGAGAUCGCUUUCAGCUUCUCUGUGGACUCCUUAGGGAUUUUGCCAACAAAUUUAAACUCCAUGAUCUCAGUCCAACCCAAAAGGGGUUCACUGACCUCAGCAGAUAAGCCCACGACCAUCCAGGUGCACUUCCGUGCCAAAAAGGAAGUGAAGAUUGAAUGCCAGCCUGUUCUGCGCUGCCAGAUUAUUGACCCCAGUCUCCCAGAAACUGAAAUCAUUGCCAGCAUCCCAAUUAAAUUUUCUGUGAAUGCAGUGUACUCCAAAUUCACCAUCAGCCCCUCCUCUAUCAUCAACUUUGGGGCUUUGAUCUGCGGUACCAGGAAAACCACCACCUUUACCAUAGAAAACCAAGGCAUAAUCGACUUCAGAUAUGCCCUCUACAGGCUGACAGGGGAGAGUCCGAUUCAUCAAAAGAAGGCAGCCAGCCAUGUAAGACACACAAGAACCCGAGAGAGCGAGAGCUUCUUCAAGCCUGGAGCUACUAAAGCAACCAAGUUCUCAGACACAGUCCAGAAAGACAUGAACAUAGCAAACCAGGCCCGCUUCUCCCAUGGCAUGUUCACUGUAUACCCAGGAUUUGGCUCUAUCCCUUCCGGAGGACAGCAGGUCAUCACUGUGGAGUGUGUGGCUGACCCUGUGGGGAGGUGUGAAGAGUUUCUGGCCAUCGAUAUCUCUGACCGAGACACUAGAGAAAAUCCUGCUGGCAUUCCUUACACUCUCCUUGCUGAAGCAUGUCUGCCAGCCUUUGUGACUGACAACAACGUCUCAAUAUUUGAGGAACACCAGAUCUGUACCAGCCCCAACCUGUACCACAUCCUACAGACCAUACAGAGUGGAGGGCUAUUCGUGGAGGAUGAAAAUAAGUUCAUCUUCUGCAAUGUGCUGGUGGGUCAUCAGGCCAAGGCUCGGUUCAAGAUCAGCAAUGUGGGAAAGAUUGCCUGUGAUAUCAACAUUGUAGUCAAGCCCAUCUCCAACAAGGCAGCCGCCCGCAUCACUGACAUCUUUGAUGUGGAACCCAACAAGAUGUGUAUUGGGAGUCGCUCACAUGCCUUUACCACGGUGCUGUUCACGCCGCAGGCCAUGCAGACCUACCAGUGCAUCUUCGAGGCUACUUUGGAUGGCUUGCCCAGCAACCUGGCCCGGAGCCGAGGCCUUGUGUUUGAUAUUGUUGGUGAGGGGACCCUCCCUCGUGUGACUGUCAUUCGGCCAACUCUAUAUAACCAACAUGGGAACCCCUUGCUCCUGUUCAAGAGGCUUCUGCUUGGCCAUUCAGAGAAACUGCCUCUCAUCCUUAAGAACAACGGCACCAUCCCUGCCCAGCUGCAUGUGGACCUGCGGGACCAACUGGGAGUCUUCUCUCUGAAAGGGAGACCCACCACCUCCUACAUCUACAUCAUGGAGGAAAACAAACCAAAUGAAAAGGUCAAAAAAGCCCACACGGCCUCCCUGGUUGUUUCUCCUGGAGACACAGCUGAAUUCGAUGUCUUUUUCCACUCCAAGAAGCUUGGGAGAAUGACAGGCUCCAUCCACCUGUCCGUGAUCAACAACCAGUAUGAGGAGACCAUGAUCCACCUGGUGGGAGAAAGCUACGAGGAUGACAUCACCUUGGACAACAUCCAUGGGCUGAUAGGUCCCACUAGCCAGGAGGGCUCGCCUAUGUCUGAGGUCAUAGAGAUUGCUGAGGAAACAUCCAUGGAGGACUUGGUGGCAGCUGCCCUGUUGGACCACAUCCAGUUUGGGUACUGCCACAUUGGAAACAACUACACCGUGAGCUUCACCAUCACCAAUCACAGCCAAGUAAAUGUGGUUCGGUUCGAGUGGCCCCUUUUAGCUACCCUGUCUUUCUCCCCACAGGUAGGCCAUCUCCACCCCGGCUGUUCGAAGGACGUGGUGGUGACCCUGAAGUCAGACGUGCCCAUCAGCCUGAAGAAGAUGUAUGUCAAGUGCACGCUGUCCAAGAUCAUGUUCCAGGUCCCUGCAGACCAGGUCCCUGACUGGGAUGACCGCAUGCGCACAGUCAAAUGGGUGGAUGCUCCCCGGAAUACGCCUGGGAACUUGACUACAAAACGAAAAGUGAUAGAAACGGACCCUGAGCCAGCCCACUCAAUGCUAGAAGAAAAUUAUCGAGAGCUACGGAUCCAGAUCAGUGCCAAUGUGGAUUUUGCUUCAUAUCAGUGCAAUACAAGUGACGUGUUCUUUAAGGAAACACUGGUUUACCAGACUCGAGUGUUUGAGUUUGACCUCGUUAACACAGGACAUGUGCAGUUAGAAUUCAACUGGAUCUCAGAAGAUACCUCCAGGGCAGUCAGUUUUGCCAUGCCAGAAAAUCAAGGUUCCAGCCAAAAAGAUCAGCUUAGCCAGGGCACAGGCAGCACCCUGGACAGCGCCUUGGACCACUGGACGGACCAGUGUCCCUCGCCCUUCUCUGUAGACCCCUCCUCAGGCGUUGUGCCUGUAGGGAAGACUCAGAAGCUCAAAGUGAAGUUCUCCCCAAUGGACAUUGGAGAGUUUGAGAGCACCCUGUACUGCCAAAUUCCUAACCUGCCAUCAGGAGAGCAAGGCCCUAUGUUGGUAACAAAAGGGCGAAGCAUCCUGCCCUUCUGCCAUUUUGACCUGAAGGACUCAGACUACAUCAGCGGUCAUCGGCGCAACCCAGAGCUCCGAGGACCAGGUGCUGGGGCUCUAGAUCCAAACACCCGGGUGAUUGAGUUCACCAGUGUGGGUAUAGGAGGAAAGAAUCUCCGGACCUUUACCAUCCUGAACCCGACCAAUAGCACCUACUCUUUCUGCUGGACCUCUGAAGAAACAGAAAGCCUCCAGCACCCUCCAGCCUUUGUGUGCCUUACAGAAAAGGGUGUCAUCCACCCUGAAAAGAAAGCUGAGGUUGUGUUCCAGUUCCUGCCUGCUCACCUGGAUAUCACAGAGGCACUCUGGACUUUCUCUAUCCCAGAGCAUAAUAUCUCAGUCCCCUUCCUGCUGGUGGGCAAAACCACAGACCCCCUCAUAUCUCUUGACAAGUCACAUCUCAACUUCAGCUCUCUCCUCAUUGGUAAGGAGGCCCAGUUCAAAUGGGAUAUCAAGAAACUCAAGCCUCACUUCACCAUCAGCCCUGAAGAAGGCUACAUCACCUCAGGCAUGGAGGUUGCUUUAGAAGUAACCUACCAUCCCACUGAGGUAGGAAAGGAGAGUCUCUAUAAAAACAUUCUCUGCUUCAUCCAAGGAGGAAAUCCUCUGUGCCUCACCCUCUCCGGGAUCUGCGUGGGACCACCUGCUGCAAAAGAGGUGGUGAACUUCAAUUGCCAAGUGCGCUCCAGGCACACACAGACCAUCCUGCUCUCCAACCGUACCAACCAGACCUGGAAUCUGCACCCCAUCUUCGAGGGUGAGCACUGGGAAGGGCCCGAGUUCAUCACCCUGGAGGCCCACCAGCAAAACAAGCCCUAUGAGAUCACCUACAGGCCUCGCACCAUGAAUCUGGAGAACCGCAAACACCAGGGCACUCUCUUUUUCCCCCUCCCGGAUGGGACUGGCUGGCUGUACGCCCUGCACGGAACUGCUGAACUCCCCAGAGCCGUUGCUAAUAUCUACCGCGAAGUUCCAUGUAAGACUCCCUACACUGAGCUCUUGCCGAUCAGCAACUGGCUGAACAAGCCCCAGAGAUUCCGGGUCAUCGUGGAAAUGUUAAAACCAGAGAGGCCAGACCUGAGUGUCACUAUGAAGGGCCUUGAUUACAUUGAUGUACUCUCUGGCUCCAAGAAAGACUACAAGCUGAACUUUUUUUCCCACAAGGAGGGACUAUAUACUGCAAAGGUGAUCUUCCGGAAUGAGGUGACCAGUGAGUUCUUGUACUACACUGUGAGUUUCAGGGUCAUCCCUUCUGGCAUUAUAAAAACCAUCCAGAUGACAACCUCAGUCCGCCAGAAUGCAUCAGCCUCCAUCAAGCUAGAGAAUCCCCUACCCUAUUCUGUGACCUUCUCUACAGAGUGCAAGUUGAAUGAUAUCAGCCUACCUUCCCAGUUCGCUGUGCCUGCAAACUCUGAGGGAACAUUUGCAUUUGAAUUCCAGCCCCUAAAAGCUGGGGAAACCUUUGGAAGACUGAACCUGCACAACAGUGACUUGGGUUACUACCAGUAUGAGCUGGUUCUGAAGGCCUUGCCUGCACCUCCUGAGAAACCUGUCCACUUCCAGACCGUUCUUGGCAGCAGCCAAAGCAUCUUGGCAAAGUUCACCAAUUAUACCCGGCAGAAGACAGAAUACUAUUGCAGGACGGACUGUCCUGACUUCCACACGGAAAGAAUCAUUAACGCAGCCCCAGGAGCCCAGGGUGGCACUGAGGUCAGCGUGGAAGUCUUCUUUGAGCCCAACCACCUGGGUGAGACCAAAGGCAUCCUAACUCUGUCAUCACUCAUAGGUGGUGAAUACAUCAUCCCACUCUUUGGAAUUGCUCUGCCCCCCAAGCCCCAAGGCCCCUUCCUAAUCAGAGCCGGAUACAACAUCAUCAUCCCCUUCAAAAACGUCUUCUUGCAUACAAUGAACUACUCCUUCAUUGUGGAGAACCCAGCCUUCACCAUCCGGGCUGUAGAAUCUGUACGGCCCAAGAAGAUCAACAACAUCACAGUCUUCUUUGAAGGGAACCCAUCAGGCAGUAAGACCCCUAUCACCUCCAAGCUGAUUGUCACCUGCCCUCAGUGUGAAGGUGCCGAAUCUGGAAUCAAAUGGGUUUAUUAUCUGAAGGGGAUCACCCCGUAAGUCACAGCUUCAUCAACCAAUGACAUCUUCUCUGCCCACAAACCAGGUGCCAUGCACCAUCCUAACAAAGAACAGAGAAGAAACGGGAAUUUUCCAAGGACUUUCUUAUAUGUGUUCAAUUGUAGAGGAAACUAUUUCUAUAUUAUGUUUUGCAAAUACAGAUAUGAAAUUUAUGUUCCACAUUAAAAUUUAUAAUGACACACAACA